CUCAAUUGCUUUCGGAAGAAUGAUGUCUAAACUCCUCCUCCUCCUCUGUUUUCUUUUCUUCCUCUCGUUUUCUCAACUUUUUUCCUCCUCUUUCUCUUUCUCUAAUUCCACCAAACUGUGCCCGCAUCACCAGGCCAUUGCUCUGCUCCACUUUAAGCAAUCCUUUUCUAUUGAUAAUUCCAGUUCUUGGUAUUGCGAUUACUAUGAUGUCACUUUUUAUCCCAAAACAGAGUCUUGGAAGAAGGGUAGUGAUUGCUGCUCAUGGGAUGGGGUCACAUGUGAUUGGGUGACAGGCCAUGUAAUUGAGCUGGACCUCAGUUGCAGUUGGCUCUUUGGCACCAUCCAUUCCAACACUACCCUCUUCCAUCUUCCUCAUCUACAAAGGCUCAACUUGGCUUUCAACAACUUUCGUGGGUCCUCUAUUUCAGCUGGGUUUGGUCGUUUCUCAAGCUUGACGCAUCUCAAUCUCUGUGACUCUGAAUUUUCAGGCCCAAUUUCACCAGAAAUCUCUCACCUCUCCAACUUGGUUUCACUUGAUCUCUCUUGGAAUAUUGACACAGAAUUUGCCCCGCAUGGCUUCGAUUCUCUAGUUCAAAAUUUAACCAAAUUGCAAAAGCUUCACCUUGGAGGGUGUUCCAAAAUCAAAUCCCCAUUCAUGAGCCUAAGAAUCAUUGAUCUUGCUUACAAUGAUUUCGAGGGUGACUUGCCUGAAAUGUAUCUGAGAAGUUUGAAAUCGACAAUGAAUGUAGACGAAGGCAACGUGACAAGAAAAUAUAUGGGGGACAUUAUUAUCAAGAUUCCGUAA